AGUGCGCUCUCCCUCUUGCCCCUUCGCCGUGCAGUGCGCUCUCCCUCUUGCCCCUUCGCCGUGCAGUGCGCUCUCCCUAUUGCCCCCUCGCCGUGCAGUGCGCUCUCCCUCCUGCCCCCUCGCCAUGGCAGAGGCUGAGCUGGCCCAGAAGCUGCAGCGCCGCUUGGUGCUGGAAGAUGCGGAUUCCCCGGCCGGGGACAGCGCGGAGCCGCAGGUGGAGGACGGAGAGAAGCUGCCCACGGCCAAUGCCGACAACGAGCUGAGUGCCAAACUCAACAGGCGGCAGGACAUCAACGCGGGCAACGCCGUGCCGGCCACCCGGACCACCGUGUUCAACCCCUACACCGAGUUCAAGGAGUUCUCCCGAAAACAGAUCAAGGACAUGGAUGCCAUGUUCCGCCGGUAUGAUGCUGGACGAGAUGGCUUUAUAGACUUGAUGGAACUCAAGCUGAUGAUGGAGAAGCUAGGGGCUCCACAGACGCAUCUUGGGUUAAAAAACAUGAUAUCAGAAGUAGACGAAGACUUUGAUGGGAAGUUGAACUUCCGAGAGUUCCUACUGAUCUUCCGUAAGGCAGCUGCCGGAGAGCUGGAACAGGACAGUGGCCUGAUGGCUUUGGCUAAUCUCUCUGAAAUUGAUGUCUCCACGGAAGGAGUGAAGGGGGCCAAGGGAUUCUUUGAAGCCAAGGUCCAGGCUCUAUCUUCGGCAAGCAAGUUUGAGGCAGAAAUCCGGGCAGAGCAAGAUGAGAGGAAGCGGCAGGAAGAAGAGAAGAAAAAUCGCAGGGCUGCAUUUAAAGAGCUGAAGUCUGCGUUUAACGCGUAGCUGCUAACUCAUGCAAAAAAGAACCCAAUCUUGAGUUUAGUCAACUUAACCAAAGUUCAGCUUGAGAGGUGAUAGCUGGGUGGCCACAGCCCCCUGGCUAUUGGACUGCAAUCUUUAGCAUGCCUAGCAAAAGCAUUUGAGCAUUCUGGAGAUUCUUAUCCACGCAAAGGCACCCGUGGGACCCAUUAA